GACAGGCGGUCAGAUUCACCACAGAACAAAGCCUCUGUCCACUCACAGAAGGAGGGGAUACUUCAACAAGCUGCAACAGAACAGAGACUCAACGUUGUGAAGAGGAUAUAUUAUCAAGUUGAACUGAUUUCCUGCUGAAGGCAAACAGACGCCUAUAGAGUUUUCAGCUUCAACCGGAGAAUAAUGGCGUCCAAAUUAGAGGAAGAUCUCAGCUGUCCGGUCUGCCAUGAAAUCUUUAGAGAUCCUGUCAUCCUGUCCUGCUGCCACAGCUUCUGUAGAGACUGUCUGCAGAGCUGGUGGACAGGGAAAGAAGAAAAGGAGUGUCCAGUUUGUAAGAGACGAUUUUCCAAGGACUUACUUCCUGCUAACUUUACGUUAAAGAACCUGUGUGAGAGUUUCUUACAGGAGAGAGAUCAGAGAUCCCCAGAGGCUCUCUGCAGUCUGCACUCUGAGAAACUCAGACUCUUCUGUCUGGACCAUCAGCAGCCAGUGUGUCUUGUCUGCAGAGAUUCAGAUAAACACACCGACCACACAAUCAGACCCAUCGAUGAAGCUGCACAGGGUCUCAAAGAGGAGCUCCAGAAGUCUCUGCAGCCCUUACAGGAGAAACUGAAGCUCUUUGAACGCGUCAAAGUGAAGUUUGAUCAAACAGCAGGACACAUGAAGGUCCAGGCUCAAUACACAGAGACGCAGAUUAAGGAGCAGUUCAAGAUGCUUCACCAGUUUCUAGAAGAGGAAGAGGAGGCCAGGAUGGCUGCACUGAGGGAGGAAGAGGAGCAGAAGAGGAGGAUGAUGGAGGAGAAGAUGGAGGCUGUGAGCAGAGAGAUAGCAGCUCUUUCACUCACAGUCAGAGCCACAGAGGAGGAGCUGAGAGCUGAAGACGUCUCCUUCCUGCACAACUACAAGGCUGCAGUGGAGAGGCUGCAGCGCCCCCUGCUGGAGGAUCCACAGCUGCCCUCAGGAGCUCUGAUAGACCAGGCCAAACACCUGGGCAACCUCAGCUUCAACAUCUGGAGCAAGAUGAAGGUGUCCUACUCUCCUCUCAUCCUGGACCCUAACACUGCUGAUCUACAACUCUUCCUGUCUGAAGAUCUGACCUCUGUGAGGCGAGGAGGGAGACAGAAACGUCCUGAUAAUCCAGAGAGGGUGAAAAACUACGACUGUGUCCUGGGAUCUGAAGGCUUUGACUCAGGGACUCACAGCUGGGACGUCCAGGUUGGAGAAAGCACAUGGUGGUCACUGGGUGUGUUAGCAGAGUCUGCCUACAGGAAGAGAGAGAUACAAUCUGGAUUAUGGAGAAUAUGUAUUGACUGGUUAGGUGGAUACACAGCAUCCUCUCCAUCACAUCCAGACACUGAUCUCUCAGUUCAGACGAGGCCCCAGAGGGUCAGAGUGAAUCUGGACUAUGAUGGAGGAAAGCUGUCGUUCUCUGAUCUCGACUCUAACACACACAUACACACCUUCUCACACACUUUCACUGAGAGGAUGUUUCCAUACUUUCAAACUUUGAGUGAACUGAAGGUUUUACCACUGAAGGUUUCUGUGACUUUAUAA